ACCUGUGGGGAGGCGGGGAGUGCCAUUCUACAGGCUGCAAAGUCUCCUCUUGGAAACGCGGGAGGAAAAAUCCUGAGCAUGCACAAGGUGCAGAGCAUGAACCUCUUUGUGCAAAAGAGGUGCCUUUGCCUGGCCUUCCUACUCCAUCUCCUGGGUCAGGUCUCUGCGACUCAGCGCUGCCCCUCACCGUGCCCACGCCAGUGCCCCGAGACGCCUCCGACCUGCGCCCCGGGGGUGCGCGCGGUGCUGGACGGUUGCUCCUGCUGUCUAGUGUGCGCCCGCCAGCGCGGAGAGAGCUGCUCGGAGCUGAAGCCUUGCGAUCAGAGCAGCGGACUGUACUGCGACCGUAGCGCCGACCCCAGCAACCAGACUGGCAUCUGCAUGGUGCUAGAAGGAGACAACUGUGUGUUCGAUGGGGUAAUUUACCGCAGCGGAGAGAAGUUUGAGCCAAACUGCCAAUAUCACUGCACCUGUAGAGACGGACAGAUUGGCUGUGUGCCCCGGUGUCAGCUGGAUGUGCUACUGCCUGGUCCUGACUGCCCAGCUCCCAGAAAAGUUGCUGUGCCUGGAGAGUGCUGUGAAAAGUGGACCUGUGGCCCCAAUGAGAAGGGGACAUUGGGAGGCCUUGCCCUUCCAGCCUACAGGCCAGAAGCCACCGUAGGAGUUGAAGUCUCCGACUCGAGUAUCAACUGCAUUGAGCAGACCACAGAGUGGAGUGCAUGUUCCAAGAGCUGUGGAAUGGGUCUUUCCACCAGAGUCACCAACAGGAAUCGUCAGUGUGAGAUGGUGAAGCAGUCUCGGCUCUGCAUGGUGCGGCCCUGUGAACAAGAGCCUGAGCAACCAACAGAUAAGAAAGGAAAAAAGUGUCUCCGCACCAAGAAAUCACUCAAAGCCAUCCACCUGCAGUUCAAGAACUGCACCAGCCUGCACACCUAUAAGCCCAGGUUCUGUGGAGUCUGCAGCGAUGGCCGAUGCUGCACACCCCACAACACCAAAACCAUCCAGGUGGAGUUCCAGUGCUCCCCAGGGCAAAUCAUCAAGAAACCAGUCAUGGUCAUCGGAACCUGUACCUGUCACACCAACUGUCCUCAGAACAAUGAGGCCUUCCUCCAGGAGCUGGAGCUGAAGACCAGCAGAGGGGAAAUGUAA